AUGCCUACACCAUCAGAUAAGUCUGAUUUGAUUAAUCAAGAUCGCUCACCAAAUGUGUCAACCUCACUUGAAAACCCCGCUAUUGUUCAAGAUAGCAGUUACACAAUACACUAUUUAGAAGCCCAACAAGAAAUUUAUAAUAAAAAUUUAUUUGCACCCAAUACGCCAGUGCCAUUCGAUAAAUCUGAUCCAUCAAUUGCUGAAGACCCUGCGGGUUCCACUACUUAUGAGAAUUGCUCAACAAAAGACUUGACUCCACUUACAAAUGUAGCUUUUGAGAGCGUGGAAAGUAACAGUGAAAAAAAAAACUGUUUCGAAUUACCACAAACAAAUAAUACAGAUGAAUUGCUUGCUCAAUGUGCCACAACGUCAUCCAAUAAAGAAAGCUCAGAGGGAUCUAAAUCAAAAAGUAGCGCACACGAAGAAGAGGAAGAAUAUAAUACGGAAGAAGCGGAAGAAAAUCGUGCAGAUAAGCAAGGUGUAGAAUAUCAAAACGAAAAUAAUGAGGCAGUAAAAAAUCAAGAAAGCGUACUAGAAAUAAGGAAAAAGGCAAGCAAUAAUGAAGAUUUGAAAAUAUCAGAAGUAGUACACAUGCAAGUUAGAGCAGAUGAUAUGGACGUAUUGUAUUUUAAAAACGAUUUUGCUUCUGCUGAAUUUAAAAAACUAGAUUUUAAUCGAAGUUCACUUAGAGCAGAAUCCCCUCACGAAGUUCCUUUAGUUCGGAAAACUUCAAAGCCAAUAAGUACCAAGAAAUUCCAACAUUUGCAGAAGGUAUUGCAAAGGGUUCCACAUAUUUUUCAUCCAUUUUAUAAUAAUAUAGCGUACCUAGAUAAUAUUAAAGAUGAAUAA